UUCCCCCCCAUCUCUCUCACUCUGUCACUGUAUGUCGAUUAACCAGUCAUGGCAGUGACAUGUGGAAUUUUUCAUUACCUCGCCCCGGGGGCACCAUGCUGCCUGUGCCUGUGUAUCCUGCUGCUUUUUUUUCCACCCCUGCCUGCUCUGUCUCUCCCUCUCAUUCUCUCUCUGUGGUAUUAUUCUGAGUCAGCCGCUGGCGAGCUGUAGUUUGUUGUUUGUUACUCAUGCAGCUGUAUGGGGCACUGGUAGUAGUAGUACUAGCUGUCAGUGACUGAUCUCCUCUCCAUGGCCUGUCAUCCCCCCGGCUCUGGAUCCUACACUGUGGUUAUCAUCCCGUUCAGGACCAGCCUCUGCAGCCUGGACGCACUACGCUUCUACCUAUGGGUUAGACGUCUGAGGGAUCUAGAGAAGGAGAAGGACGCUCUGAGCUCUGGUCUGGAGAUCCUGGAGAAGACCCGUCACUGGUACCUCCAGCAGCUGGAGGAGAAUAGAGCCAGGCAGGACAACACCGAGACCAAAAGAGGGGUCGGCUGCUGCCAGGAAGGUUCAACAGAGGCUCGGUCCUGCCUCCUCAGGUCUCGUAUCCAGAGAGUGAAUGGUUCUCUGGGCUCUGUGAUGAGUGAGCCCAAUGUCACCAGCGGCAGCAACCCUUCUCUGUAUGACGCAGUGGCAGACAGUGACCUCCGCUGGCACAACACGGUACUGACUCAGGAGGUGAGUAACAAGAAUCGUCAGAUCUCCAAGUUGGAAUUGGAAAAAGGCGCUCUCCUGGUAAAGCUCAAUGAACUGCAGGCCCUCUGAUUGCCAAGCCACAUGCACACACACACACUGAGCUGUACUGCAAACCUGCAUUUCACCUCAUGUCACACAGUCACUAACUUUUAGCCACUUGUAAAUAUGUAUUUAAAUUAAUAAAUGACAGUA